AUGUCGCAGCCGGAGGACCCGCGAGCAGCUAAUCGCGCACGCUUCGAGUUAGAGCUCGAAUUUGUACAGUCUCUGGCGAACCCUUUUUAUCUGCACUCUCUCGCCCAACAGAACAUUCUCAACCAACCUGCCUUUAUCAAUUAUCUGAAUUACUUACAAUAUUGGAAGGACAAGGAUUAUGCACGGUUCAUUUUGUACCCGCACGCAUUGCACCACCUGGAUUUGCUGCAGCAUGCCCAGUUCAGGGCGGAGAUAGGCAAGGACGAAUGGAGAGAAUACUUGAACCAGAAACAAUUUGAUCACUGGCGUACGUGGCGUGAACCGAAACGACCGAGUGCGGUUCAACCUUCGAAUUCUCAGCCAAACAGUAACAACAUCCGCCUCUCAUGA